AUGUCGACGUGGGGCGAACAUUUCCGAGUCACCACCUAUGGCGAAUCGCACUGCCGCUCCGUUGGCUGCAUUGUCGACGGUGUCCCUCCUGGCAUGCAACUCACCGAGGCAGACAUUCAGCCUCAGAUGACCCGCCGCCGCCCUGGACAGAGCGCCUUGACUACCCCGCGAGACGAGAAGGAUCGAGUUGAGAUCCAAUCCGGUACAGAGUUUGGAAUUACUCUGGGUACACCAAUCGGUAUGCUGGUCCGCAAUGAGGACCAGCGACCAAAGGACUACGGUGGCAGCACAAUGGACCUGUACCCUCGCCCCAGCCAUGCGGACUUCACCUACUUGGAGAAGUACGGUGUCAAGGCCAGUAGCGGUGGUGGUCGCAGUAGUGCCCGUGAGACUAUCGGCCGAGUCGCCGCUGGUGCCAUCGCCGAAAAGUACCUCAAGUUGUCGCACGGCGUCGAGAUCGUCGCCUUCGUCUCCUCUGUGGGCACUGAGCACCUCUUCCCCCCUACCGUCGAACAUCCUACUGCUUCUACCAACCCCGGGUACCUGAAACUACUUGAAACCAUCGACCGCCCCACCGUGGACAAGUUCGCACCAGUCCGCUGCCCAGAUGAGGAGGCUUCCGCGCGCAUGACCAAGGUCAUCGAACAGUUCCGCGACAAUCACGACAGUAUCGGCGGAACCGUGACUUGCGUUAUCCGAAACGUGCCAGUGGGCCUGGGCGAGCCGUGCUUCGACAAGUUGGAGGCUAAGAUCGCUCACGCUAUGCUCAGCAUCCCCGCUACCAAGGGAUUCGAGAUCGGCUCAGGCUUCGGCGGCUGCGAAGUCGCUGGCUCCAUCCACAACGACCCCUUCAUCGUGUCUACCAAUGCAGACGGUAAACAGCACCUCACUACCAAGUCCAACCACUCUGGUGGUAUUCAGGGCGGUAUCUCCAACGGCGCCAGUAUCUACUUCCGUGUCGCCUUCAAGCCUCCUGCGACCAUUGGCCAGGCCCAGAACACUGUCACCUACGCUGGCAAGGAGGGUGUCCUGGAAGCUAAGGGUCGCCACGACCCCUGCGUCGUGCCCCGUGCUGUACCCAUCGUCGAGGCCAUGUCCUCGCUUGUCAUCAUGGAUGCCCUUAUGGCUCAGUACGCACGCGAAAGCGCCAAGAACCGUCUGCCACCUCUUCCCGCCAAUCUAGCUACCAAGCCUGCCAGCGCAUAA